GGAAGUCAAUGAGGUUGUGGUAAACACCCUGCAUACCCGUUUGUGUGUGAUCACAGUGUAAUGUGCUAUUAUGAGAAGAGACUUUAAAAACUGCCAGAGAAAGCAACACGGCUCGAUGGUGAAUAACAACUAUAGAUUUUUUUCUAACUCUGUCAGAAAUCAUUUGUGGAAAGCAAUUUGCAAAUAGGCAGACUCAAGAACAUGGGAAACAGUGGAGAGGAAGGAAAACUUUCACGAAGACUUUCGCGAAUAGGAAGCAGAUCGCAGCGGGAGCCUCCACGACCUCCUCCUCAAGCAGACAAGCCCCCAACAGCUGCUCCCCCAAGAUCAGCUGAAAGUGCUCCAAAACCUCCAGAACCUGCCCCAAAACCUCCAGAACCAGCACCAAAACCAUUAGUUAUCCCCUCAAAACCACCAGUGGCCCAAAAGCCCACUGCCCCUCCCAGGCCACAGAUACAAGUCUUCGACAGCACAGAGCAUGGGGCUGCCAUGCUGAAUGGGUUGGAUCAUUUUCGUUCUGAUGAGACGCUAUGUGAUGUCACUCUGGUUCCCGGUGACAGCAAUGAAACUUUUCCAGUUCACAGAGUCAUUAUGGCUUCGGCCAGUGACUACUUUAAGGCCAUGUUCACAGGAGGCAUGAAAGAGCAGGAGUUGAAGGAGAUCAAGCUCCAUGGUGUGAGCACUGCAGGCCUGAAGAACAUCAUUGAGUUCAUCUACACAUCUCGUCUAAGCCUAAGUCUCGGGACCCUCCAGGACACGUUAGAGACAGCGAGCUUCCUCCAGGUGCUUCCCGUUCUCAGCUUCUGCAACCAGCUUCUCAGCAGUGAGAUCACCACAGAAAACUGCUUGGAAGUUGAGCGCAUUGCCAGAGAUCUUCUCCUCGAAGACGUCCAAACAAACGUCCACACGUUUGUGUGUGAGAACUUUUCUGAUCUGGUGGAGAGUGGCCGGAUGCUGCAGUUGUCCGAAGCAAGCAUGACGUACACUCUUUCCAGCCACUCGCUGAAAGGUUUCUCUGAGAUGGAGCUCUACCGCAUCGCCCGCGCAUGGCUAUCCCAUAAACCCAGCGAGCGCCGUUCCAACGCUUACGCCCUGAUGCGACACAUCCGCUUCCCUUUGAUGUCCCCUGCCGAACUUCUCCAGAUCUCUCAGGAGGACCAGAUGGAAGAAGGGGCAAACAAAGGAAAGGAGGAAGAGGAGUCCUUCAUGCGAUCCAAUACAGCCUGCGUCAACCUUCUUCUGGAGGCCAGCAACUACCAGAUGUUACCUUUCCUCCAGCCGACGCUGCAGACGGAACGCACUCGGAUUCGAUCCGAUUCCACACACCUGGUGGUUCUGGGAGGUGUGAUGCGGCAGCAACUAGUGGUGAGCAAAGAGCUCAGGUUGUACGAUGAGGAGGGUGGAGGAACCUGGAAAGCCCUCCAACCCAUGGAGGUGCCACGUUACCAGCAUGGCGUGGCCCUGCUCGGCGGGUUCCUUUAUAUCGUGGGUGGUCAGAGUACUUAUGACACCAAAGGUAAAACAGCUGUGGACAGUGCAUACAGAUACGACCCUCGCUUUGACCGCUGGUUGCAGGUGGCUUCUCUGAAUGAAAAGAGGACAUUCUUCCAUCUCAGUGCUCUUAAGGGAAAGCUCUACGCUGUUGGAGGGAGAAAUGCCACGGGCGAGAUUGAUUCUGUGGAGUGCUACAACUUGAACAAGAAUGAGUGGAGUUUUGUUGCACCGAUGUGUGAACCUCACUAUGGACAUGCAGGCACGGUACAUGGAGGUCGGAUGUACGUCUCAGGUGGUAUUACAAGAGAUGCUUUCCAAAAAGAGUUGCUGUGCUAUGACCCUGACAGAGACGUGUGGUGCAGACGUGCCGACAUGAUGGAGCUUCGUGGCCUCCACUGCAUGUGCACUGUGGGCGACCGCCUCUACGUCAUGGGCGGCAACCACUUCCGUGGUACAAAUGACUAUGAUGAUGUGCUAAGCUGCGAAUUCUACAGCCCUGCAACUGACCAGUGGACAGUAGUGGCACCCAUGCCCAGGGGUCAGAGCGACGUUGGGGUGACCGUGUUUAAGGGCCGUAUCUAUGUGGUGGGUGGUUACUCCUGGAACAGUAGGUGCAUGGUGGAUAUUGUGCAGUGUUAUGACCCUGAAAAGGAUGAGUGGGAGAAGGUCUUCAGUGUCCUGGAGCCUCUCGGAGGUAUUCGUGCCUGUACUAUGACCGUUUAUUGUCCGAAGGGUUCUGUAGAUGAGGCUCAUAUGCAAGAGUGUCCGCUCCCAACAUCCAAAAACUGAGGCACAUGAACAGAUGUUUUGAUGUUGAUUUAAGCAUUAAAACGUCAUAAGUAAAAUAUCACAUAAGCUUCACAUUGCUUCGGUAAUUUUCCAGGGCAUGGUACAAAAACUCUUAAUUACACACCAGUUAAGUUGCAAGAGCAGUAAUAUCUGAAAAUAAUUCGCUUGUUUAACAAAUUUGUUAUUCCAUUUAUUUGUUGCACAACUGCAGAUGAGUUUGCAAAAGCUUAAACGCUGCUCUCUUUCAAUGCCAUAUAUGUGGGCCACAGUGAUUAAUGUUUCAGCUCUAAAUUAUUCUGUUAAUCUAUUUUUACCUCUGUAGUCUACUGUAUAUGCAUUGCAGAAAUAAAGGUUUUUCAGUCAGUGUA